UGGGGUUCCAAUAUGGCGGAUAUGGCGGAUGCCAGUUUGAAGAAGAAAUCUUACAAAGAAAUCUCCUUUAAAGUUCCCUGGGGAGUUAUUGCAGCUAAGGCUUGGGGAUCUGAUGACGGAAAGCCUUUCCUUGGGCUUCAUGGGUGGUUAGACAACGCUAACGCUUAUGAUAAGUAAGCUUAAACAAUAAUUAUUAUUUAGUUUUGGCUGUUUAAUCUGAUAGAAGAGAAGUACCCCAUUUUACUAAAUGGAAGUUAUGAGUUUCAACUCUAAGGAAACAAAGAUCAAAGUACCAUCAUAAUAUUUCUACUUAAAAUUCGAGCUAGUGUAUUAACAUCAUAGGUUUUGGUAUUUAACUGGCCUAAUGCACCUAUCAAUGUUAAUCUGGAGGCCGUGCAAAGGCCGGGGAUUUCACAGAGGAAGUCGACCCCUGGUGGGGACUUUUGAUUAUCGCCAAGUCCCAGGGGGGCGACUUUUGAAUUUCAUCUGUUUACGGAUGCCAGUGUGGAUUUGAAGCUGUAAAAGACCUGGGCUAGUCUUUCAAGAGGUGGAUAAUACCAUCCACCGGAUAAAUCUCUAUCCAGUGCAUAACGCAAUAAUUGCGUUAUGCAUUGGUUUCCCUAAUGCUUUUCCACUGGAUAGUGAUUUAUCCGGUGGAUAGCGCUAUCCAACUUUUGAGCAACCGGGGCCUGGUUGCCAGUUGGUUACCAGUUGCAUUACCAGGAGGAUUGGUUACCAAAGAUGGCGGCCAUCAUUCCCACAACGAUCUUUGGUACCGGUAUUUUUUAUGCACGUGUGUAAGAUGGCGGUCAAGGAGAGCGUGACAUGGUAUCUGUUUUUAUUCUCUCUAUCAUUUAAAUGAAUACAUCCAUCCAUAUACGUUAUUGUGUUAGGAAGUUAGGCCCUUAUUCAGUAUGACUGCAUGAUACAAAUGUUUUGCCCGAUUUUGAAAGCAGUAAAUUUACUUGUUUAACAGUCUCAGAUUUGUUAAACUGUGUAGGUGGAAGACAUUCCUUCAUGAUGCUGACAUUUCGCCAGAGCAUUUGAACGAUAAUUGUUAAAAUAAACAGAAGCAACUUUCUCAAAAAGUUGGUGUGUUUUUUUGUUUCAAUAAAACACCUUUGACCACUAGUUUUAGUUGGAGAGGUGGGGAAUUUGUUCUCUUUUGAUCAAUAUUAUGAUUGCCCUGGGGUUGGGCAUUUGACAUAAAAAAUUGCUUCAAGUUCAAAUCCCUGGCCUUUGUCCGGCUUUCUCCCCGCCCCCCCCCACCCAUCCAGAUUAACAUUGGUAGGUGCAUAAUGUUACAGAAUUAUUAGCUUUGACAGAAGCUAACCUUUUUACCCUUCUAACAGAUUUGGCAAAUUAGGGUAAAUAACCCACAAGUACAUGAGAAGGUGGUAUCUACAAAUUAUUACUGUAUUCAUAGUAUCAAAAUCCUCAAAUCCCGCAGAACAAACUCUUCCGGAAUCCAUUAUGUAACUCAGACUGGUAUUGUAAAAUUUAAAAUGGAGGGAAUUCAUAUUUAAUAAGAAGAAUAUAAGAAUUUUGUCACUUCUGUAAUCUUGCUAUCAGACAAAAUCCAAUGUCCUCACAUUGUGUGCCUCUAAAACUUAGAUUUGUACUUUCAGGUUAGCUCAUUUGCUACCAAAAGACAUCUGUUUUAUUGCCAUAGAUUUUCCAGGCCAUGGAAAAUCUUGUCACAGAUGGCCAGGAAUGCCAUACACUAUUUUUGAAUAUGUUGCUGAUGUGAAGAAAAUUGUUUCUCAGCUUGGCUGGAACAAGUUUUCCAUCAUAGGACACAGUAUGGGAGCUAAUGUAGCAUCAUUAUAUGCAGGCACUUUUCCCAGUGAAGUAAAACAACUGAUUCUGAUUGACUAUUCUGAUUCCACUGUGUACUAUGCUGAUAAACCAGCCCUUACAUUGGCCCGUUAUGCAACGAUAAUGACAAAAUGGAACACAGUAUUUCCCCGUGUUUAUCAGAGUUUAGAGGCAGCUGCUGAGAAACGUGAGGUUCAGAAUCUUGGUACCACCCUUCACAAAGAAGAUGCAAUGUUGUUGGCAGAGAGAGGAACUAAACGUAUAGAAGAAGGAAUAAUUUUUUCCCAUAGUCCAUUGGUCAGAGAAAAUGUGGUACCACUGAUUGCACCUCAGUGGGCAGUAAAGGCAAUUCUUUCCAAGAUUCAGUGUGCAGUGUUGGUGUUAGAAGCUACAGAUACUGUGCACAAAUAUACUCAAGUUAGAGAAGCUAACUUAGAACGGCUGAAGGUCAUUUGUGAAAAUGCAAAGUACAAAUCAUGGAAAAGGAUCAAAGGUGGUCAUCAAAUCCAUCUAGAAAAUCAUGUGGUGGUUGCAGAAGAGAUUGAACAAUUCUUAGCUAUUAAAUCACUCAGUAUUGUACAAAGCAAGUUGUAGUAUGAAAGGCAUGUUAAGGUGCCUAUAAUGAUCUCUAACAAGGAAUUCUUUGAUAACAGUUUGUUAGUCUUUGCUUUGUUUGCUAGUUUACGGAGAUAUUUUUAGAGACAGAAUAAUAAUCUUCUUCAUCAUAUUUAUUAUUCAUUUCAUGAAUUAUAAAAAAUGUGAAAAGCAUAUAAAUUCAGUGAAUUGAAUCAGUCAAAAUAACAGAAUAUGUCCCCAAAUCAAUAUAAGCUGGCUUAGCUUAUACAAUACAUUCAUUACUGGGUUUUUAAUAAGGUUUGUCAACUAGUUUAUUUGCUACAGACCAAGCAGUUUGUACGGGGGACAAAGCUCACCCUAAUCCUAAAAAACUUUCAACCUUAUUUUCUUCUGUACCC